AUGGAACGCGGCGUGAAUACAAUUUCAGAUGUGGAGGUGAUGGGAGAGAAGGCGGAGAUGUCACAUGAAGAAAUGAUGCAUUUGGCUGAGUUGACUCCGGAGGAGAAGGUGCUCGAGAAGAAACUGCGUCGGCGAAUCGAUCUUUUGAUUAUGCCGCUUGUGAUCUUGGUGUACUUGAUGAAUUAUAUCGACCGGAACAACUAUGCCGCCGCCAAGCUUCAAGGACUCACUGAAGACCUUCACCUUGAUGGUCAACAAUACCAGACUGGUCUCUCCAUCUUGUUCGUGGCCUACAUCCUCAUGCAAGUUCCAUCAAACCUACUCCUCAAUUACAUGGGCCGCCCGUCUCUUUAUCUUGGUUUCUUCGUGGCAGCAUGGGGUCUCGUUUCCGCCUGCACUAGCCAAGUGACAGGUUACGGCGGGAUAGUUGCAUGCCGAUUUAUUUUAGGGUUGGUCGAGGCACCUUUCUUCGCUGGAGUGCUGUUUUACCUGUCAAAAUGGUAUACACGUUCCGAGCUAGCCUUUCGAAUGAGCAUCUUCUACUCAGGCUCCUUAAUCAGCGGUGCCUUCGGUAACCUAAUCGCAGCCGGAAUCCUUAAUGGACUAGCCGGCAAAAGAGGAAUGGGAGCCUGGCAAUGGCUAUACAUUAUCGAAGGCUCAAUCACUUGCUUCAUUGGUGUUGCUAUAUGCUUCAUUCUACCAGAUUUUCCUGAUACAUGGCGCCUUCUCUCACCAGAAAUGCGAGCCGUCGCUAUACGCAGACUGGCAAUAGAAGCAGCUGAGGCUGACGUCGAUGAAGAAGGUAGCGCGGGUAUGAGCCAGCUCAAGGGAUUGAAGAUGGCCAUGACCGACCCUAAGACCUACGUAUUCGCAUUUGCCUACAUGUGCAUUGCUGGAGGGGGCAGUUUUCAAUAUUUCUUCCCGACGCUAGCGGAGACGCUAGGUUACAGCAAGACUAUUUCAUUGUUGCUUGUCGCGCCACCAUAUGUGUUUAUGGUAUUCUACAGUAUUCUACACAGCUGGCUUUCGGACAAACUGGGCGUUCGAUUUUGGUUUUUCCUUUACCCGGUUCCCAUCACUAUUGUCGGAUUUAUUAUCUUCAUGACGACUGAUUCUUUUGGACCAAGGUAUUUUUCGCUGUUUUUGAUGAACUUCACCUUUGCGCAGAACGGAACUCUGUAUUCUUGGAUUGCCAACGCGUUGCCUCGACCUCCUGCUAAGCGUGCUGCUGCGUACGCUUUCAUCAAUUCGAUUGGCAACUCGGCGACUAUAUGGACACCAUAUACAUACUUCGAUUCACAGGGAUCUCACUAUCCCGUUGCUCUAGGUAUUUGUAUUGCGUUACAAGCUUUGGGUGGUCUGUCGGCUGUGUUCAUGUAUUUCAAUCUACGGAUGCUGAACAAGAGGCAAGAGCGCCUGGAGAAUGAGAGUGGCGAUGUGCAGCUCACUGAAAAGGAACUUCGGCGGCUUCAAGUUACUGCUGACUAUGAAGGGAUUGAUAUCGCGGCGGCACGUCGGCUGCAGAAGGGGUUCCGAUACAUGCUCUAG